GUUUCGGUUUCCAAUCGUCAGAAACGAUACCGAACUUUGCCUUUUCCUUUUUGACACAGCAUCCGGUCUUCGGCUGCAGGUCACCUGAGCGGUUGACGGAGAAUAAUGGAGUCAGAGAUAUUUAGGUUUAUUUGCGCCAACCAAGGAGCCGUAAACGUCGUCGAUCUUGUGUUUAACCUCGACGUCGCUAACGUGUCGGAGACGCUCAAUAACCGGCAGAGGUUUGUUCAUUCCUGUAUUAAGGGACAGCCGAGGGUGUUGGCUCGGACCGGACUGACGCUGUGCAGACGCAAAGACUGCCCGGGGACGUGCGGGUCGCUCCACUUGUGCAAAAACUUCCUCUUCAGCGGAACCUGCCACUACAACCGCUCCAGGAGAACGUGCGUCUUCUCGCAUGAUUUGAACACAGACGUCAAUCAGGUGGUACUUCAGGAGCAUGAGCUGGAGACUCUGAGCCGGGCGGAGCUGUGCACCCUGCUGCUGCAGAGCGACAACACCCUCCUGCCUCCUAUAUGUUUUGACUACAACAAUGGCCUUGGGGAGUUUGGCCGGUGUCAAGAGGGGAAUGCUUGCAAGAGGAUGCAUAUCUGCGAAGAGUUCCUGAAAGGAGACUGCAGCUGCUUCAGGAGUCACGACUUUAAUGAUCCACAACCGUUAAAAUGCCUGAAAGAAAAAGGUGUGCCCGAGGAUCUGUAUCACUCCUUGAAGGUCAUUUAUACAAAUAAAGUGGCUUUAAGGCGCAAUGACAGGAGCAACCGGGGCAACAGGGGCAGAGGACAACCACAUUCACUCAGCACUGGUGCUGCUGCUGCCAACAACUGUGAGGCAACUGGUGACAGCGGUUGGAAUUCUCAGCCAAUGCAGGUGAACAGAGGUAGAGGGAGAGGUGGUCACAGAGGCAAUCGAGGGAAAAGAGGCAACUGGGGGAAUCGAGGAAACCAGCGCAACCUAACUCCAGGCCAACGAGCUAUUUCCUCUAGCGACAUCCUCGCCGACAUUGACUCCCUAAAUCUGUACACUGUUGACGGACGGGACGAAGGAAGCGUUAAACUGAGCUCCUCCACCAGCGAUGUCUCUAUGGACACGGACGCGAGCAGCGAGGACGGGCGGAGCAGGAGUCAAAAGUCUGCGUCUGCCAGGGGGAGAGGUGGAGGUCGAAAGGCUGCUGUCGGCGAGAAAGAGGCCAACGGCAGCAACGACCAGGACAGAAGACAAAGGCCGAGGCCAGUCAGAGAUAAAACAGAGAUAUGCAUGUACUUCAUCAAAGGACACUGUAAACAUGAGGAAAAGUGUUUUAAAGCCCAUGACAAGAUGCCGUACAGAUGGGAGGUCAGGGAGGAUGAUCAGUGGAAGGCCUUGCCCAAUAACGAGGCUACCGAGAAGGACUACUGCGACCCCAAAAACGCCUACAGUAGCAGCAGCCCAGCCGUGUACUUCGACACGAUGACCCGCGGGACGAGCCAGGUGCGACGGCUCUCCACCACAAACUCCUUGGUUGAGCCGACCUUCAUCCACACCACCGUGUGGCUGUGGUACUGGGAGGACGAGCUUGGCAGUUGGAACCUGUACGCCUCAGCUGGAGCUGGACACAGAUCCGCAGACAUCGACAGCGCCUACCUGGAGCAGAAGUAUCUAGACAAUCGCAAAGACGUGGUGGAGUUCACCGCCGGCUCGCAGUCAUAUACACUCAGCUUCCAGGACAUGAUACAAACAAACAAGCAGUACGGCACUAAAAGGCUUGUGAAAAGACGGCCAAAGUUCGUCUCAGCCACAGAUGUCCAAGAACAGAAAAGAGUGAGAAGGCCUCUGGUACCAACUCUUGCCCCUAUUCCCGACCAUUGGGACAAGACACAGAUCCCUGCAACAGGAUUCAAGCGUAUCUCCCUUCAGCGCACAUCAGAUGAAUUUAAGGAGAUUGAGGCUCUUUUCUUCAAAACCAUGAUUGACUUUGAUGUGGUCAAAAUCGAGAGGAUUCAGAACAAGAGUCUUUGGGAAAUCUUUCAGUGGCAGAAGAAUCAGAUGAAGAUCAACAACAACGGCCGCGUUGUGACAGAGAAAAAGCUUUUUCAUGGCACUAACUCGAAAAACGUGGACGCCAUCUGCUCCACCAAUUUUGACUGGAGAAUCUGUGGCACGCAUGGAACCGCUUUUGGCAAAGGGAGUUACUUUGCCCGGGACGCUAAAUACUCGCACAGCUACACUGAUGACUCUGACGUCAAAUCCAUGUUUGUCUCUCGGGUGCUGGUGGGAGAUUUCACAAAAGGGUCCUCCGAGCUCUGCCGAGCUCCUUCCAAGGAUGGCGGGGACGUGAACUUCUUUCACAGCUGCGUGGACAACGUUCAGAAUCCUUCCAUCUACGUCGUGUUCGAGAAACCCCAGAUCUACCCCGAGUACCUGCUGCAGUACAAGAAUGCGCACCCGCUCGUCAGUUUAUAUGGUGGCGCGUCAGUAGCGGCAAGACCGGCCCCCAAGCCCAGAGUCCAUGUAUCUGUCCCUCAGCCCAGCACAGUGUCCCAUAAACCCAGCUCGCUUUCUUAUCAGCCCAGCGCCAGUGCAUCGGUCACAUCCUCCUACCAGCCCCGUUCAAGCGCAUCCAGCACGUCCUCCUACCAGCCGAGAGCCAGUGCGUCCAGCGCGUCCUCGUACAACACGGUCCCGUACUCGUACCCGUCGGGCACAAGCUCGUAUAGGUCCAGCACCGCCUCAAGCACCGCCUCGAACAACCUGGGCACCUUUGACACAUGGUCUUUCCCACUUAGCACAGACUCGUACCAGGCUCCUACCAGGUCUUCGCCAUCUCCACCAACCCCAAAGCCAAAGAAAUCAUCUGAUUCCUGCGUCAUUGCUUAGGCCUCAAAUUGAUUGAAAUAAUUAGAAUACUUUGAGGAAUUUGGUGAUUUAUGCAAUAAUUAAGCGUGAAAGGGGGUUAGGUACACUACUUGUUUGAAACACUAGUAUUAUUAAGCACUCAGAUAUAAAAGAUGAUUUGGCAAUUGUCAAUCAAAGGUUAGGGGUCGAUGGUGGUGAUGGAUACUGUAUGUGUCAUUUUUGUUUUCUGUAUUUGUUAAUCUGACAUCUCGUCACAUCCAUCUGCUGCUGUUGCUGUGAAGUCACUAACGCUGAUUGUUAAGUCUCUACUUGUGUUCAUGUACUUAGUUUACUAAAAAAUUAAUCAUCAGCGGGGAGACGUACUGAAAUGUAGUUUCUGUAAAAGGCAAAAAAAGUUGAGUGAGUUGAGGUUUACAUAAUCAACAUGAAAAAAAUAUUUAUUGACCCACAUCAGCGUAGUUUUUUUUUCUUCUUUGAAUUGGAUCAGAAUCGGUGUCACUGUUUAAUUGUCCAGUUUUGCUCAGGUACACAUAAAUCAUGGAGCUCCUUCCUGCCGUAUUCCACCUGGAUUACUGAGAGUCUCCUCCGACACUUUGUGCCGUAUGUGCCCUCCAGACCCCCCUUUCCACAGUCUCCGUCUCAUUCAGUAAAUGAAAGGAAAGCGCCACCAGCGGUCGGGCAGGGCCUCUUAGUGAAACGAGGCGGGGAAAGAAAAACGAUCCCAUGACAUUAGCUCUGCCAAUUGAUUCGAAACCUCUGGGUCUUAUUUCUCUGUCGCUUGACUAAACGACUGCUUUUGAUCUGAGCGUUUCCUGAUUUGCCCUAAUACAAUAUAAACAAGGCAGACGGAAAUUAUUCUGAGAGCACUUGACUUUUCUGGUUCGACCACAUCACAAACUUUGAUUCCAAUUUCAGGACAAAUAAAGGAUUUCUAUUCUAA